GGCUUAUACUAGCUCGUGAAGACGAUAUUGGAUAUUGGACAUAAUGCGCGCUCUUAACAGAGGAGAAGUUACUGGGUAUGGCAUCAGGUGUUAGAAAUGGUAACAUUGUAGGAAGGCCUAGUACCGGUGGUGGCGAGACGAUAGCUGAAGAGGAAAAAAACUUGCAUGAUGAACUGCAUCAGGUUGAAGAUGAAAUUCGUCUUCUUCAAGAAACCCUUGCCGCGAAAAUUCGUCGAUGUAAUGAAAUAAAGAGGACUCUUGGCUAUACUUCUCUUUCAACAUUACAGUAUGAUCUCAUGGAAAGCAUUCAUAAAUUAGAAGACACUAAGACAUAUAUUAAAGCUAGUGAACUGUUAAACAAAGCAAAGGAUAAAACAGUCAAUGUAGCCCAAGAUACUAAAGAGAAAGUCGGAUCAACUAUUUCCGCAAUCCGAAAUUCAGAUGUUGUUAAGUCAUUAAACGAUAAAGUUGGUUCAGCUUUCUCAACAGUCAAGAUAAUAUGUUUGGAUAAGUUAACCCAUAACCCAGCUAUUGCAUGGAUUCCAUCAAAAAAGACGAUUCGUGCUGCUAUAAUUUAUUCAACCUAUGGUCAGUUCCCGGAUGAUGAUGACAAUUAGCCGGUGUACAUAAUGAUGAGAAGAGUCCGUUUACCGAAUACGACGACUACUCUUACUAUCACUAUACAGUUAACGAUACAGUGUUGUGUUGUCUGUCCACAGACUUAGAAACAGACAUAUGCACACACACGCAAACAUACACACACUGGUUUACACUCAGUUCAUUUAAUGACUACUUCCCGGUUGUUUUAAUUCAUUGGUUCUGGUUCAGACUAUUACUUCUUUCUUUGGUAUUCUCAUUACAAAUAUAUGUUUAUAUAUAUAUGCUUUAUUGAUAUGAGUAUAAAACUUGGGCAUUGUGGCAGAGCAUAACUCCAUUAUAACACUUAGCUGUAAUACAACACUAUGUCCGAUUAGAAAUCAUUCAAACUCUAGGCUAACGAAUAAUUCAUAUAAAAUGAAAAGGAAUCCAAAUAACAUUCUCUAUAAUUUGGUUUGUAAGGGUUAGUUAUG